AUGUCUACGAUCGCGCCGCCGCCGAUGUCGACGCCGACGCGUCCCGCGCGGCCGUUGCCCGCGUCCGUGCCGUACCUCCCCCACGACGACGUCGACGGCGGUUCGUCGCUCGGCGAUCCCACCGCGUCCGCGGUCGUCGCGCUCCUCGACGCCAACCUUCGCGCGCUGCUCCGGAUGGACGCCGGUGAGUUCUGGCGGCACAUCGCGCACGACCCCUCCGUGGCGCGCGCGCUGGACACGUACCUCCAGCACCGUCGCAGGCCCUACGAUCCGACGAAGACGCGCGCCUCCCAACGCUCCGCCGCCUCCGAGGACGAGGACCUCGACGACCGCCUCGCGCGCAGGGUCUUCAUGACCCUCCGCAGGCUCGCGACGAUCGAGCGCGACGAUCCGCUCGCGCCCACGCGCGCGGCCCGCGCGCGGACGCUGACCGAGCUCGGCCUCGUCCGCGCCCCCACGGUGCUCGACGUCUGCGCCAUCUACGGCCCGGACAACCCGCGCGCGACGUCGGCGUUGACGCGCGACCUGCUUCGCAUCCUCGGCCCUUCGCUCGAGGACGACCUCGCCGCGGUGGGCGCGAUCGCCGCGGUGGACCUCGAGCGACGCGCGGACGCCCUCGUCGAGGCUGCGUUCGCGGGCGACGAAGCCGGCGGGUUAGGGUUAGGGGCGCCCGCCGGGACGGCACAGCUGGCGUUGGAGUAUUUCCGAGACGUCGCGUCGACCAUCGUCGAGUUGAUACGCGCGGUCCCCGCGUUGGCCUCGCGCAUCGACGAGGGGUCGCGCCCUUCCCCCGCGCCGCGAACGUCCACGUUCGGGGAGAUGACGGUGGUGGAGGAAGGGGGUGCCGAGGGGGUGUGCCGAGGGGGUGCCUUCGCCGAGGGGGCGGUGACUCAUCGGGGCGCGUUGGCCGCCGCCGCGGAUCGAAUCGCGAGCGAGACUAUCCCGAUGAUCGAGACGUCGGCGGAGGCGUUCGCGGCCGGGACGGCGGGCGGGGAGGGUGACGGGGCGGGCGGAGGUGCCGUGGCGGUCGCGUGCGCCGCGGCGUCGUCCGCGAUGGAGACGCUCCUGAGGGUCAUGCGUGAUCCUCCUCCUCCUUCCUCCCCGGAAGAAGACCUCGCGGACGCGGACGGCGAUUACGUCGUCGACGACGACGACGACGUCGACGCGUCGAUGGCGGGAAAGAUCGAAUCGCUCCGGGCGUUGUUCCCCGAUCAAUACGGCGACGGGUACCUGGCGCUCGCGCUGGACGCGUUCGGGGGCGACCCGGAGUCGGCGGCGGGCGCGCUGCUCGAGGGGGAUUUGCCCGCGGCGCUGCGCGGGAUCGACCCGACGUUAACGCCGGCCGCGUACAGCGCGAUGAAAAUGAAAACGAAGACGAAACGAGGGGCCGCCGGCCAGACGGGACCCGCACCCGUCGCGGCGCCCGCGGCGUUGAGGGGCCCGUGGGCGUCCCGGGGUGGUAUCGAAGCACAGCCGGCGUCAUUUCCGUCCGACGGUGCGACGAACGUCCGCGGCGGUUUCAUUCGCCGCAAGGGCGAUCACCGCGACCGCGCCGGGAAUCGAACCUGGGACCUUCGAACCACCGCGGACGACCGCGCCGCCACCCUCGCGCGAUGCGCCGAGCUCGAGUACGACGACGAGUACGACGAUUCCUUCGACGAGCUCGCCGAGGUUGCGAACGUGGGAUCGACGGCGGGGGAGGUUUCCGAGGGUCCGCCGGCGGGCGGGCCGUCCGGAGCUUCCGGUCGAUCGAACGCCAACGCAAACGCUCGAGCCGGGGGACAAGGCCAAGGCGCGAGCGCGAACAAGGCGUACUGGAUCGCGGACGGGAGGGUGUACCACUCGAAGAAGGAGGGCGCGACGAGGAUCCAAGCCGGCGGCGUCGAGGAAGCCGCGCGGCUGGCGGCGGCGCAGUCGGCGGCGUCGCGAGACGAGGUGCACGGCUUGGGCGCGGGGGGGAACAGGGCGGCUUUCGACGCGCGCGCCGCGCCGUUCACGCCGGGCGGCGGGGAAAGGGGACCGGGCGGCGGGGGAAGAGGGGAGGGGGUCGGCGGGGCGAAAGCCGGGGCUGGGGUCGGCGGGGGAAGAGGCGCGGGGGGUCGAAACAACCGCGGCGGCGGCGCGCUCGAGCAUCAGCGAAAGAAACACUUUCGGAAGGACGCCGCGGCGAGGAAGAUGAGCAAGGGCGCGGGGGCUCCGCAAUAG